AUGUCUUCCUCGGCUUCGUGCUCGCUCUCCUCUCUCGCCGUCGCUUCUCCUACCCAAACCGACACACCGCACCACUGCCCAGUCAACUCAUUUCCAGACCGCUCUCUCAAGCCGUCACUCCGUAGUCCGCUUCCGCGUCCCGCCUCGCCGUGCUUUCACACCGGCUUGCUUUCAGUCAGACCGGCGUUCACCCAGCGUUACCGUGGCAGACUGAAUCCGUCAGUGCCGUCAGCAUCCUCCCAGCACACGCUGCCAGCGUCCUCCCGGCAUUCUCACUCGACUGAACGAGGACGAAAUCAUGCUCAUGCUGGCAAGCACCGGUCAUCUAUUGAAGAAGGUCGAACGGUGGUAUCUCCAGCUACCGACGCCGCAUCCCUGCAGGGGUCCGUUCAAGACAAAAGACCAGCCACGUCACCAGGAUCUGUUCGAUCCGUUGCUAACGGCUGGGAUGAGCUGGAUAAUCUGGAGGACAUGACGAUUAAGGCCGUCGUGGACGGCGCUCUGCUGCUCUCAGGAGUGUGGCUGCUGCGAGGCGUCUUCGAGGUGAGAUUUCUGUUUUCGAGGCUCUCAGGAUUUCUGCCCUCCCUCCUUCCGCUCCCACGAAGCGCUCAUGCCGCCCUUGUUCCUGUUGUCGUUCGUGACAUCGGCGGGUAUCAGCGAAUGCAUACUUUCCUCCCCCUUUACCACCCCCCCAAACCCCAUGUUUUCUUCUGUCGCUCUGUCCCUCUCUCCCUCAUCGCGCAUUUCUUCUUCAGUUUCCCGCCGUCUCUUCUCGGGCUGUGUCCAAGGCCUCACAUCUUCGUCCGUCCCUUUUCUCUUCUCUCCCCGGCCAUCCCUCACCAGUUCACAUGGCGUCUGGGCUCCAUCGCGCUCCUCUCUCUCCUCCCCGCCCUCGGCGCCAUGACCCUCAUCUCCGCCACCAACGCUCCGCGCCAACCGCACUCCGCGCCCUUCCCCGCGCACCCGCGCGCUCCCCCAUUCGCCUCCGCCCCUCCUCCCCCUCCCCCUUCUCCGCCACCCCAGGGCCGCCGCCAGCCCCCCUUUUCUGGCGUACCGCCCGUCCCUGGUAGAGUCGCUUCCGUCAAAGCAGAUUAUAGCGUGUACAGAGAUAACGCAUCAUGGCACGAGGGAGACCGGUACACUGCAGGGGAGGAAUUCGGUAGGCGGAACGGGCGAUUUGAGCGGUGGGAGGGGGUGAGCGACGACGAGCUGGGAAUUGGAUAUGCGUCGAACGGAUAUGCGUCGGAUGGGGACAGCGAGAGUAGCCUGAGCGGAGUAGCCAAUGGAAUCAGCCAUAACGGAGCAGACGCAGAGAUAAAUUUGAACCCUAGCAUCGAUUCGGCUGCUACCGAGACAGUUGGACGAAUCGUGGGUGAUACCAACCAUCGGCCACGAGCAGCUGCUGACGUCAGUGCGUACAACCAUAGCGAAGCGGCCGCAGCUGCUUAUGGCGCGGAUGCUUUCCAUUCUGUAAACGGUGCAACUGCUGCUGCUGCUGCUGCCGCUGCGGCUGCUGCCGCCGAACAUUCCAAUGUACAUAAUUCUAGGAGUGGUGUGCACAGCAUCCGCAGCAGCAUCGGCAGCAGUAUCGGCAGCAGGGGCAUGCGCGUGUACGAGUGUUGCAACGGCACCUGCCCUGCUUGCAGAACACCCGCCUUUACCAAAGCAGUCCCUGUCGGGGAUAGCGCCGUGAGUGGUGUGCCAAGGGCUAAUAGACCUAUCAGUGGUAGCGCGCGUACUAGCGUCACAAGGUUUGAUAGAGUUGGAAUGCUGAAGGCGGAGGAAGGUGUAGCGGCAGCUUCAGGUGCAGUCGCAGGUGCAAGCUCAGAGAUGAAAGCAUGGAACGAGGCGUUUGUCGCUAGUGCGCCGCCCUUAGGCCCUACUUAUGUGAAUGGUGCCCCUGCUGCUUCCGCUGCUCGUAGCGUGGGCGGGUUUCACGACGUAACCUCUGCUUCCCCUGUGCCAGACGAAUAUUUCUCAUCUGCGCUGCCCGAUUCUGCUGCUCAUGCUGACGCGGCCAGAAGGCUGGAAGCCGUCCGAUUGGACCUCAAACGCCACGUGGCUACUGAAUCUGCUCGUUCUACUGCCGCUGCUACUGCAGCGCCGCCUGCUGUUACCCCCGCAUCUGCUGCUGGCAGUACCGCCGGGGAAGCUAAAUUCUUCGACCCACUUGCAACAGCAACACCUACAGCACCAGCAGAAGCAGCAGCAGCAGCUGCAGCAGCAGCAACCGGAGUGGCAGAUCUCAGUGCAAAUGCAUCAAGAUGGGAGGAGGGCGUGAGCGGAGAGGACGAUCUGGACCUCAACGCGGUCUUCCUUGAGAAUUUCUACGAGUGGCCGCUCAGACGCGUUGCUGUGGCUGUGGCUGGGAGCAGGGAGGAGCGCGCAAACCGGGCGGAUAGGGUGGGGCGGGCGGACAGGGCCGACCGGGUGGGGCCUGUUGUGGGGAGAGCAGCAGGCGCGGGAGGCGAGAGCAGGGCGAUGCCUGUGAGUGCGAGUGAUCGUGUGGAGCCAGGGCAGUGGGAUGCGCGCAGCAGUGCGGUUGGAGGAGAGAGAGUAGGGGUAGCUCAGGAGAGCAAGAAGAGUGUUCCUGGGGGGACUGGUUUGGGGCUGAGUCUAGAUUCGUUUGGGUUAGAUUCGUUAGGGUUGGAUGCGCUGGGGUUUGAUGCGUGGCAGGCGUUCAUGUGGGGGUCUGACAGGAUCUACGGGAGCAGCUAUGGGGACUAUAGCUUCCACCGCAGGCAGGGGGGAACAGGGGGAGCAGGGGGGGCUGGGGGGGCAAGGCGAGAAGGGUUGCUGGGAGAGACACGAGGGCAGCAGCAGGCAGGUCAGGGGGGGUUGUCGGGCAACGGGAGGGGCCAGCAACCGCAGCCGCCGCAGCAGCAGCAGUCGCAGCAGCAGCAGCAGCAGCAGCAGCAGCAGCAGCAGCAGCAGCAGCAGCAGCAGCAGCAGCAGCAGCAGCAGCAGCAGCAGCAGCAGCAGCAGCAGCAGCAGCAGCAGCAGCAGCAGCAGCAGCAGCAGCAGCAGCAGCAGCAGCCGCACUCCGCGCCUUCCCCCUUCCCCAUGCAUUCUGGCUUCCCCCCCGCCUUUCAGCAAGCGGGAACACUGGUGCCGAGCCAAGCGCCGAACCAGCUGCCAAGCCAGCACAUGGCUCGGCCGCAUUUUGCCCCUGUGGUAGGCCAAUCAGGGCAGUCCGCGUCAGCAGGCCAGUCCACGGCGAUUCCGCUUCUAGGCCAAGGAUUUGUCUCUCUUCCUUUUCCUGGCACUGUAGCAGCCAGCACUGUAACGCACAGUGCUGUAGCGAGUACUGUAGCACCGGUCUAUAAUGCCCCCGUGGCGACUGGCGCUCACUAUAGCAAUGCUGUGGCAGCAGUAUCAGCUCCCCAGUACAGUGCAGCAAUGGGCCCAGGCAUGCUGGUGGCUGUGCCCCAUCCCAUGGCCCCCCAGUUCGUUCCACCACCCCAUACCAUGCCCCACGUGCCUCCACCGCUCCUUGCCGCGCCCCACGUGCCUCCGCCGCUCAAUACCACGAGUUACUCUGCUGCGGCACACUCACAACCCCACCACAUGCGCACAGGCCCGCCCCAUCUGCUCUCCAUGCCGCCCAUGCAUGCUGUGCCGCCCGUUUCUGCCGCCCUUGCUGCUCCUGCUACCCUUGCUGCUCCUCACUCUGCGGUUCAAUCCACAGUCACUGCUGCUACUUCUUCUGUUGCUGCUGCCGGUGGUGCUUCAGCAGGAGGAGAAGCAGGUGAUGGCGCUGGUGCUGCUGGCGGUGGCGCUGGUGGUGGUGCUGCUAGCGGGGGUGGCGGUGGCGGUGGUUUCGGAUUUGAACUGGAUCUGAACGCUCCUUUAGACGAGGAUGAAGAAUCUGGUGCUGAAGGGGAAAGCGAAGCCCAAAUUGAGGCUAAAACGCAAGGACGCGGCCCUGCUGACUCAGCGCGAGGCGGUGCUGACUCAGGCCGGGACCACAGCACGAUCACUGAUGCGAGCGGUGUUGCUCUGAGUGGUGCGGGCGAGAGAGGGGUGGGAGGAGGAGGAGGAGGUAAGGUGGAAGGCGAGGGCGGGGCAGAGGGGAAGGGCGUGGGGAAGGAAUCAAGUAGUCCCAGGAGGGAUUUCCUGCAUGAUCUCAAUAUGACUCAGGAGGGGGAGAUGGGGCAGGAGGAAGGAGAGAUGGGGCAGGAAGAGGGGCAGGCGGGGUUUGAAGAGGGGAGCGAGAGAGGGAUGAUGGCUGGGCAGGGAAGGGGAGAUGAUGGGCGAAGGAAGGGGUUUAUGGUAGAUAUGAAUAUGGCUCUGGAUGGGGGGGAGGGUGGGGAGGAAGGGAGUGUGGGGGGAGUGGCAGGGAGUGAGGGGGUGGAGAGUGAGGGUAUGGAGAGUGAGAAGGUGGAGAGUGUGGGGGUACCUGGUGGAAAUGAAGGAGGGGACUGGGAAGUUAGGGCAGGUGAGGAGGGGAGGAAGGAGGUGGGUGAAUCAGGCGAGGUGAUUAGAGUGGAAGGACAGGAGGCGAAAAGGGGUGGAGGAGAGGAGGGAGGGGCGGAGGAGGAAGAGGAGAUGGGGGUGGUGGGGCUGCUGGGCCUGGCAGAGGCAUUGGAAGGAAUGGCUGCUGGUGCCGAUGGUGGUGGUGAUGGUGAUGGUGAUGCUGAUGGUGCUGCUGCCGAUGCUGCUGGUACUGCUGGUGCUGAUGGUGGUGCUGGUGCCGCUUGUGGUGGUGAUGGUGCUGAGAUGGCUGCGAGUCCCGCUGCUGCCGCCGCCGCUGCUGCUGUUGCCGGGGAGACCACAGCUGGUGGCCACUCGUCUGCCUCUCCACCUCCUCCUCCUGCCUCGGGAGCGGAAUCCACUGAUACUGUGGGGGCUAAUGUGGGGGCUAAUGUGGGGGAUAAUGUGGGGGCUAAUGUGGGGGCUAAUGUGGGGGCUAAUGUGGGGGCUAAUGUGGGGGAUAAUGUGGGGGCUAAUGUGGGGUUACAAGGGGGGGUUUUACAGUGGGGAGCAGAGAUGGGCAUGAAGGGAGACAAGCAGGGGGACACGGAAGGGGAAAAGCAGGGGGACACUGAAGGGGAAAAGCAGGGAGGUGCAGAGGGUGACGCAGAGGUAAUCAAAGGGGCGGUGCAUGUUUCAGGGAGAGAGAAGCCGGGGAGCGCAGAGGAGGAAAAGCAGGGAGGAACAGAGGGGAGGGAGGGAGACACAGUUGCUGGCGCGGAGGUUGGGGGAGGGAAGAGGGGGAAGAGAGGCGCGGGAGAGGGGGAAACGGGGGGCAGGGAGGGGAGAGAGGGGAAGGAGAAGGGGAAGAGGAGGAGGAAGGAAGGACGACUGUUAUUCGUGCCAGGGGAAGCUGCUACUGGCGGUAGGGAGACUGGUGGUAGGGAGGCAGGCAGUAGGGAGGCUAGCGGUAGGGAGAUGGGAGUGGGAGGAGAGGGAGGGGCAGAGGCAAGCGGUGGUACAAGUGGUGUGCUGGGAGCAGGAGCGGGAGAGGUGGUGGGGGGUGUGGGUGGUGUGAAUGUGGUGCAAAGGGGUGCAAAGAGAGUGAAGGUGGAGGAGGUGGGGGGUGAAGGGGUUGUGGGAGGGGCGACAGGGAGUGUGGGAGGGGAAACAGGGAGUGUGGAGGAGGGAGAAGCGGUUGGGAGGGGUGCGGUUGGAGCAGUAGCUGAAGGAGGGGCGCAGGGUACUGUAGGUGCCCAUGUUGCAGUAGCGUCUGCUGCUGUCUCUUCAGCUGAUUCUGCCCUUGCUGCUGCUGCUCCUGCUGCUGCUGCUGCUGCUGCUGCUGCUUCUGCUCCUGCCCCUGCACCUGCUGCUGCUCCUGCUACUGCCCCUGCUGCUGCUCCUGCUGCUGCUGCUGCUGGCGCCGUUCGUGCUCCCCCUUCUGCUGCUUCUAUGGGCAAGCAGGAGGGGGCAGUGAAGAGAGAGGCGAGCAGUGGCAGGGGGGAAGGGAGGAGCAGGGAGCAGGCAGAGGAGGCGAGGGAGGAAAAGGGGAAGAUGGAGAGGGAGGAGGAGGAGGAGUUGGUGGUGAGGGAUGGGAAGAGGGAGAGGGAGGAGGAGGAGGAGGAGGAGGAGGAGGAGGAGGAGGAGGAGGAGGAGGAGGAGGAGGAGGAGGAGGAGGAGGAGGAGGAGGAGUUGGUGUCGGCGAUAGUGGGGAGAAGGCUCACCGCCCUGCCUCCUUUCAGCAAGGCCGAAGAGCUCGACCUCCUCGAUCUGGUCUGGUCGGCCCACACACGCAAUGACCUGCCUUCUCUGGACGCGCUUCUCGCCCACCAUUUCUUACCACUCUCCCCACCUCUUCGCACCACUUCCCAUGUCCUUUCGACCACUCCCCACCCCUGCCAGGACUCGACCUGCUCGACCUUGUCUGGACUCGACCUCCUGGAUCUAGUCUGGUCGGCCCACGCUCGCCACGAUCUCCCUUCUCUCGACGCCCUUCUAGCCCAGACCAUCGCCCUCUGCCAUCGCCACAUGGCCUUCCACGCCGCUGCUGUCUCUGCGGGUCCCUCCUCGCUGUCCCUCGCACACGCCUCUCCCGCCGCCACCGCUGCUGCGCUCGCGUCGGCCCGCUACCACUACUGCUCGCUCGCGUUUGUUUCCAAGAAGAUUCCUGAAGCCUUUGGUCUGCGGCGCACCAGGGAGAUGCAGAAGACACAGCCGCAGCAGGAGGGGGAGACCGAGCAGGCGGAGGAGCAGGAGGACCCGGAGGAGGAGGAGGAGGAGGAGGAGGAGGAGGAGGAGGAGGAGGAGGAGGAGGAGGAGGAGGAGGAGGAGGAGGAGGAGGAGGGGGAGGAGGAGGAGGAGGAGGAGGAGGAGGGGGAGGGGGAGGGGGAGGAGGGGGGGAGAGGGCGCCACGAAAGGCCACUCCAGUGUUGCUACAGGCGCUUGCAUGCCGCCUGCUGCUUCGCGCCUUUGCUUCUCGCCCCCGCUGGCCCGUCGCCUUCCCAGAGCUUGUCACGGUGUCGCGCACUCGCGCUGUCGCGCACUCGCGGUGUCGCGCACUCACGCACUCGCGCACUCUCGCACUCAUGCUGUCGCGCACUCGCGCUGUUGUGCACUCGCGCACUCGCGCUGUCGUGCACUCGCGCUGUCGCACACGCGCGCUGUCGCGCACUCGCGCUGUUGCACUCGCGCUGUCACGUUGUCGCGCACUCGCGCUGUCGCGCACUCGCGCUGUCGCGCACUCGAGCACUCGCACACUCCCGCACUCGCGCAGUCGAGCAGUCACGCACUCGCACUGUCGCACACUCUCGCUGUCGCGCACUCUCGCUGUCGCGCACUCGCGCUAUCGCGCACUCGCGCUGUCGCGCACUGUCGCUGUCGCGCACUCGCGCCGUCGUGCACUCGCGCACUCGCACACUCUCGCACUCAUGCUGUCGCGCACUCGCGCUGUCGUGCACUCGCGCUGUCGCACACGCGUGCUGUCGCGCACUCGCGCUGUCGCACUCGCGCUGUCACGUUGUCGCGCACUUGCGCUGUCGCGCACUCGCGCUGUCGUGCACUCAUGUUGUCGCGCACUCGAGCACUCGCGCACUCGCACACUCCCACACUCGCGCAGUCGAGCAGUCACGCACUCGCACUGUCGCACACUCUCGCUGUCGCACACUCUCGCUGUCGCGCACUCUCGCUGUCGCGCACUCUCGCUGUCGCGCACUCGCGCUAUCGCGCACUCGCGCUGUCGCGCACUCUCGCUGUCGCGCACUCGCGCCGUCGUGCACUCGCGCACUCGCACACUCUCGCACUCAUGCUGUCGCGCACUCGCGCUGUCGUGCACUCGCGCACUCGCACUGUCGUGCACUCGCGCUGUCGCACAUGCGCGCUGUCACGCACUCGCGCUGUCACGUUGUCGCGCACUCGCGCUGUCGCGCACAGGCGCUGUCGCGCACUCGCGCACUAGCGCACUCUCGCACUCAUGCUGUCGCGCACUCGCGCUGUCGCGCACUCGCGCCGUCGCGCUCUCGCGCCGUCACGCACUCGCGCUGUCGCGCACUCGCGCCGUCGCGCCGUCGCACACUCACGCUGUCGCGCACUCGCGCUGUCGCGCACUCGCGCUGUCGCGCACUCGCGCUGUCGCGCACUCGCGCUGUCGCGCACUCGCGCUGUCGCGCACUCGCGCUGUCGCGCACUCGCGCUGUCGCGCUCUCGCGCUGUCGCGCUCUCGCGCUGUCGCGCUCUCGCGCUGUCACGCUCGCUGGUGCUCUAUCACGUGAUAGGCUUGUGCAACAGCAUGACACGUCUCUCCCACGUGAUAGGCUUGAGCAAAGCGGCAGCAUGCAGUUCCAAGUGCCGGCAGCACCACUGGGUGGACCUGGACAUCUGCCUAUCUCAGCGAUGCCUGUGGCCCGCGCCACUGGGUCGACCUGGACACCUGCAGGGACUUCCACCAGCAGCGUUGGUGGGGGGAGCGUGAGUGGUGGUGCUGCUGCUGCAAAGAAAGGGGCGUCAGACACUGCCACGUCAUCAGAGAGGCUCGGAAGCGUCGGCUUGAAUCGGUUUGGAGGUUCGGAAACCGAGGCUGAGAUAGAGCGGCUGUUUGUGGGCAGCAUUCAGCGGAUGGUCAGCUCUGGCAGCAGCCGAGAGAAUCCGAGGCACCUCAUCAGGUGUGUGAGUGGCAGCAGGGAGGGGAUUGAGUCGGAUAUCAAGUGGUGGGAGGGAGGCAGUGGGGAGGCAAGGGUGGUUGCUUGUGGGUGUAACUUGCAAGACAAGCAUUCAGCGAAUGGUCAGCUCCGGCAGCAGCCGGGAGAAUCCGAGGCACCUCAUCAGGUGCGUGUGGGGGGGGGUAGCAUGGCAUGGCACCUGAUCAGGUGCGUGGGCGGCAGGCAUGGGAUAGGGUUGGACGUGGGAGGCGGUUGGGAGGCGGUGGGGAGACAGGCAUGGGUGGUUGUAGGGAGAAAGACAAGCAUUCAGCAGAUGGUCAGUUCUGGUAGCAGCCACGAGAACCCAAGGCACCUGAUCAGACUGCUGGUGCUGGGGGCGGGAUACCCCCUGGUGAGAGUGCAGGCGGCCUCUCUGCUCCCCCCCGUGGCUCUUCUCUACCGUGCACGCCCGCUCUGCUUGCCUGCUGCUGGAGCGAGUGAUAGCUCUCACCCGCUACCCCAGCUCUACUCAAUCAACAACACUUCUUAUCCCUUCCCUAUCACCCUCUCCCCCUCUCUCUCUCCGUACGCCAGGUUGCUGGUGCUGGGGGCGGGGUACCCGCUGGUGAGAGUGCAGGCGGCCUCUCUGCUCCCACCCUGGCUCUCCUUCACUGUGCACGCCCGCUCUGCUCCCCUGCUGCUCCAGCCCCACCCAACAACAAGUCUUUCCACUUCCCUUGCCCUCCCCCUUUCCGCCUCUCUGAACCCCAGGCUACUGGUGCUGGGGGCGGGGUACCCGCUGGUGAGAGUGCAGGCAGCCUCUCUGCUCCCCCCCUGGCUCUCCUCUACCGUGCACGCCCGCUCUGCCCAUCUGCUGCCCCAUUCCCUUUCUCCCUCUCACCUCUCUCUCCCCCUCUCCCGUCUCUCUCCACCUCUCACCGCCAGGCUGCUGGCGCUGGGGGCGGGGUACCCCCUGGUGAGAGUGCAGGCGGCGUCUCUGCUCCCACCCUGGCUCUCCUCCACUGUGCACGCCCGCUCUGCUCGCUUGCUGCUGGAGCGAGUAAUAGCUCUCACACGGGGCACUACCCCUGCUGACUGGCGCACGCUUGAGCACCUGCUGAGCAUCAAGGCAAAGGGGUCGCAGCAGGGAGGCAGCACAUUGCUGAUGGAGAUAGCGGCUCAACUCGCCAACACGCGCCCCCUUAUACGCCCCUCACGCGCACCUCAUAUGCCCAUCCCAUCCCCUCACAUGCCGUGGAUGUGCAGGCAAAGGGCGAAAGGGUCGCAGCAGGGAGGCAGCACGUUGCCAAUGGAGAUAGCGGCUCAGGUCGUCAACAUCCUCAUCAUAUGCCCCUCACAUGCCGUGUGUGAGCAGGCGAAAGGGUCGCAGCAGGGAGGCAGCACGUUGCCAAUGGAGAUAGCGGCUCAGGUCGUCAACAUCCUCAUCAUAUGCCCCUCACAUGCCGUGUGUGAGCAGGCGAAAGGGUCGCAGCAGGGAGGCAGCACGUUGCCAAUGGAGAUAUCGGCUCAGGCAAAGGGGUCGCAGCAAGGAGGCAGCACGUUGCCGAUGGAGAUAGUGGCUCAGGUCGUCAACAUUCGCCCUGAAUAUGCUGCCUUUGUCAUCAAGACCCUGCUGCUGUGGGAGAUUCGAAAGGAGUCACCCAACCACAUGCGAGUGCUGGCAGAGAGGGGGGGCUGGCUGGACCCUGCUGCUGUGGGAGGUUCGAAAGGAGUCACCCAACCACAUGCGAGUGCUGGCAGCAGCAGUCAGGGCCAUGGCUGGGGGGGAGGGGGAGGGGACGAAGAUUGUUUCAUGCAGUUCACAUUGCACACCUUCCGCUCCUUCUGUUCCCUUUCUCGUGCCCCUUUCUCAUCCCUCCCAGACUCUUCUGCUGUGGGAGGUGAGGCCAAAACUCCCUUCCUCCUUCCUAUCUCCCCGUUCCCCAUGCUUUCAUCUCAAACUCCCACCCUCUCCCUUCCCCUAAUUCUAUCUCCCUUUCCCACUUUCCUCUCUUCCCCUCUCCCCUGUCUUUCUCCCCCUUCUGCCCCUUCUCCACUCCUCUGCACGCCAUCAGGGGUUCUCAGUGGAUCCAACCCCCACCUCCCAUCCCUGUUGAGACGAGUUCUCAGUGGACCCAACGCUCAACCCGCACCUCCCAUCCCUUGCAACCAACUUGACCAGGCGCUCAUGUGUCUGCUGUGGCAACCACGUUGUUGCUUUGCUUUGCCCCUCCACCUGUGUCGACACCUCUUCCACUCCUUGCCACUCGCACACUCAGCCGUGCCAAAACGCCUUCAAAUAUAUUUCUUUGACUCACCUCACUCCUCUCUGUUCUCCACCCUGCCCCCACCCUUCUCUCCCUGCCCACACCCUUCUCUCCCUGCCCCCACCCUUCUCUCCCUGCCCACACCCUUCUCUCCCUGCCCCCACCCUUCUCUCCCUGCCCCCGCCCUUCUCUCCCUGCCCCCACCCUUCUCUCCCUGCCCCCACCCUUCUCUCCCUGCCCCCACCCUUCUCUCCCUGCCCCCACCCUUCUCUCCCUGCCCCCACCCUUCUCUCCCUGCCCCCACCCUUCUCUCCCUGCCCCCACCCUUCUCUCCCUGCCCCCACCCUUCUCUCCCUGGCCCCACCCUUCUCUCCCUGCCCCCACCCUUCAGGCUCCUGCGCUCUCUCUCUGGCCUCACAACGCCCAUCCACCUGUGUCGCCAGCUCUUCCAUCCCUUGCCACUCGCAGCCUCACCCCUUCCUACCCCUCCCCCUUCCCUGCCUUCUGUCCAUCCCCCACCCUACAGGCUCCUCCGUGCUCUCUCUGGUCUCAUAACGCCCCUCCACCUGUGUCGCCAGCUCUUCCAUCCCUUGCCACUCGCAGCCUCUGCCCUGCCAUACCACCUCACUCCUCUCUCUCUCCCCCUCCAUCUCCCCUGCCUUCUGCCCUCCCCGUCCCACUGGCGACCCCACCCCCUGCUCCAGGCUCCUCCGCUCCUGCGCUCUCUCUCUGGCCUCAUAACGCCCCUCCACCUUCGCCCUCCCCUCCUCCCGCUGAACCCCUUCCUCCUACCCGCUCCUGGUCCCUCACCCCCCACAGACGGAGGCAGUGACCUGGUGUGCCACAGUGGUGGCGGCAGACUGCAGCACCCUACGGAGGCAGUGACCUGGUGUGCCACAGUGGUGGCAGCAGACUGCAGCACCCUCUGCCCCUCGCACCUGCCCUCUGCACCUGCUGCUCAGAAGCAGCAGCAGCAAGGGGUGAAGCAGGAGGAAGGCGAGGCAGUAGGAGCAGGGGCAGGGGCAAGGGAAGGGGUGAUGGGUGCGAGUCACAUGGGUGCGCAGGGCAUGGGUGUGACCAUCUUCGAUCUGCUGCGCUGUGUGCUCUUCUUUGACCCCAUCCCGGAAGCUUUGUGGAAAGCGCCCAAGAGGGAGGAGGGCAGUGCAGGGACAAGGGAUGGUGGCGAGGAAGGGGGUACGAGUGGGGGGGAUGUGGAGGACACGGAGGAGGAGGAAGAGGGAGAGAGAGUGGUGGAAACGUGGGGACUGCCAGUGCUGGAGGAGACUCUAGCUCGGGUCAUCCUGCUGGGAAUAUCCGGUUCUCCAAGUGCUGCCAGUGCUGGAGGAGACUCUAGCUCGAGUCAUCCUGUUGGGGAUAUCCGUGAUUCCCUUGUGCUGCCUGUCCGCGGUCAGGACGCAGCCAUGCAAAUGCUGCUGCACCUGCUGGUGCGAGCUGCUACAGUGCCCUCCCUCUGGGCGGGAAGGCUUGUCGUUUCUGGCCCUCAGCAUGCCACGUGGCAGAAGCAAGCCGAGCAGGACACCCAGGCCUCAGCCCUCCUGCGCCGUCUGCUCUCUGCCUCCCCGUGGCCCCCUAUGAAGCAAGAAGGUCACGAGACUGCUGGGCUAGAACAUGGAGCAGCUUCUGCUGGGCUAGAACAUGGAGCAGCUUCUGCUGGGGAAGGAGAGAGAGGGCGCAGCAGGGCGGGAGCAGCAACAGGGAAAGGAGGGGUUGGGGGAAGCAGGGCGGGGGCAGACUUAGCAGCAGGGGGGGUGGCGGAUGUGCCUGCAUGGCUGGAGGCGGAGAUGGGGGAGGAGCUGCUGCUACAGGAGGGGGAGGGGGAGGGGGAGGGCUUGGGGGAGCGGGGAGGCGGGAGGGGAGAGAGGCAGGGGAAAAAAGGCUCAGGGGUGGGGGCUGGGACGGGGGCGGGGGCGGGGGCAGGGGCGGGGGCGGGGGCGGGGGGUAGUGUGGGGUUGGGGGAGGGGCAAGCGAGGAUGGGGCGGUAUGUACCGGAGGAGGUGUGGGGCGUGGUGUGGGACUGGGACAGGCAGUUCGGGCUGGGCUGGCUGCUGAGACAAGCCUUUGGCGCGUCUGCUCUGGAAGGGCUCAUAUGCGCACAGGUGAGCGAGGGGACGUUUUCUUUUGAGAAAUUAAAGAGCCGGUUCGCUCUCUUUCCCUCCACCCUGCCACCCCUACCAGGGUGGAGUAGCAGCCUCAUGGGUGGAGUGGCGGCCUCCUGGUCAUGGCUGCACGGCUUUCUCUCGAGCAACCCGGCAGUGGUCUCUCAUUUGGCCCCCACCACUCAGUGCGCCAUACUCUACCAGCAGUGGCGCUGGGAGGAUGCGUCCCUUCCCUCCUCCUCCCCUCCGCCUCUCCACCCCUCCCACACUCGAAGCACGGUCCAGCUGCUGCAAGCCGCUGUUGCGAGGGAGAUGAGGGAAAGAGGAAAGGCCGAUAGGGCAAUAGUCGCAGGGGGGAGAGAGAGAGCCGAGGCAGAGGAGGGAGCAGGAGGAAGAGCCGGGGGGGGUGAAUCAACCGAGGGAGGUGUAGUGGUGGGUAUCGUGGGGUUGCUUGCAGGCAAGCUGGCCUCUCGGCUGCCCAUGGCAUGGGAUGCUGCGCGCCUGCUGCUUCCUGCAGUGUGCCGUGCUGUGAUGCGAGAAACACACACCCCCACGAUUGUUGCCUACAUAUCUUACCUGCACUUCUGGUACCGCCAGCAGCAGAGCAACCAAGCUUGCAGGCAGCAACAGGGAGAGGCGACGAGUGUUGGCAGUGGGGAGGUGGAGGAGAAACGUGGGGAUAGGAAGGUGGGGGUGAGUGAAAAGAUGGGGGAGGAGGAGGGGAGCGAGAAGGGAGAAGAGGAGGAGAAAGGGAAGGGAGGAGAGGAGGGAAAGGAGGAGGGAGAGGAGGGAAAAGAGGAAGCAAAGAGAAAAGAGAAGGGAGAGGGGGGAAACGAGAAGGGAGAAAGUGAGGGAGAGGAGAAGGGAGGGGGUGCGAAAGGAGGGGAGGAGAGAGGGGAUGGUGGAAGAGAGGAGAAAGGAGGGGAGGAGGUGGAAGAAGAGGAGAAAGGAGGGGAGGAGGUGGAAGAAGAGGAGAAAGGAGGGGAGGAGGUGGAAGAAGAGGAGAAAGGAGGGGAGGAGGUGGAAGAAGAGGAGAAAGGAGGGGAGGAGGUGGAAGAAGAGGAGAAAGGAGGGGAGGAGGUGGAAGAAGAGGAGAAAGGAGGGGAGGAGGUGGAAGAAGAGGAGAAAGGAGGGGAGGAGGUGGAAGAAGAGGAGAAAGGAGGGGAGGAGGUGGAAGAAGAGGAGAAAGGAGGGGAGGAGGUGGAAGAAGAGGAGAAAGGAGGGGAGGAGGUGGAAGAAGAGGAGAAAGGAGGGGAGGAGGUGGAAGAAGAGGAGAAAGGAGGGGAGGAGGUGGAAGAAGAGGAGAAAGGAGGGGAGGAGGUGGAAGAAGAGGAGAAAGGAGGGGAGGAGGUGGAAGAAGAGGAGAAAGGAGGGGAGGAGGUGGAAGAAGAGGAGAAAGGAGGGGAGGAGGUGGAAGAAGAGGAGAAAGGAGGGGAGGAGGUGGAAGAAGAGGAGAAAGGAGGGGAGGAGGUGGAAGAAGAGGAGAAAGGAGGGGAGGAGGUGGAAGAAGAGGAGAAAGGAGGGGAGGAGGUGGAAGAAGAGCAUGAGUGUGAGAAGGAGAGUGAGAAGGAGAGUGCGAAGGAUGGUAAGGAGGGUGAGAAGGAAAGUGAGAAAGAGGGUGAGAAGGAAAGUGAGAAAGAGGGUGACAAGGAGGGUGACAAGGAGGGUGAGGAGGGUAAGGAGGGUGCGAAGGAGGGCGAGGAGGAAGGUGAGAAGAAAGGUGAGGAGGAGGGUGAGGAGCGCAAGAGGGAGGGUGAGAGGGAAGGUGAGAAGGAAGGCGAGGAUGAGGGUGAGACUGAAGGUGAGAAGGAAGGCGGAGGGAAGGGUGAGAGAGAAGGUGAGAAGGAAGGUGAGAGGGAACCAACCGUUCAUACUCCCCUGGUCUCCACUCCUCCCCCAACCUCUUCACCCCAUGCCCGUGGAUCCUCCGCCCUCCCCUUUGCCCCGCUCAAUCUCCCCCUCCUCUUGGCCUGUCUCAUCCGCACUCGCCCCCUCCUGGCCCGCCAACUGCUCUCCCCCCUUCCCCCGCUCCUCCCCCUUCCGCCCACCCAACCCCUCCCGCCCCUCCUCCCCAUUUCGGGAGAUGGGGGAAGGGCAAGGGAGAAGGAUGGAGAAAAGGGAACGGAAGAACUGGAGGAAGGGCAUGUAGGGGGUGUGAUGGUGGCGAGAGAUGGGGGAAGGAGAGAGGAGCACGAUGAGGAGAUGACAGAUGUAGGGGGUGUUGGGAGUGGGGGAGAUGGUGAGGGAAUGGGAGAGAGGAGUAUGGAAGGGAGGGGAGGCGCGGAGGGGAAGAGGAGGGCGGGGGAGGAGUUGGGAGGUCAGGGGAAGAAGGUGCGGAGUGAGGGGGAAGGGGAGGGGGGGGCGGAGGAGGGGGAGCGGGGAAAAGAAAGGGAAGAUGUGGGGAAAGAGGAGGAAGCGGAAGAGGCUUUAGAACGCCCUCCCUGGUCGCCUGUGGGGAGCGAAGGGGGGGAUGGAGGGUAUGGGGGGAAUGGGGGAGACGAAGGGGAAGAGAUGGAGGAAGGAGAGAGGGAAGGUGGGCAGGAGACGGGGGAGAAGAGGGAUGGGGAGGGUGGGGUAGGAGAUGGAGCACAGGCAAUGGAAGUGGAAGGAGGAGCAGAGGGGGGAGGUGGUGAUGGUGGGGGUGGUGGUGAUGGUGGGGGUGGUGGUGAUGGUGUUGGCAGUGAGGAUAAUGUGGAAUUUACUGCUGCUGUUUCUGCUGGUGCUGCCUGUAAUGUUGCUGCUGCGGGGGAGGGGAUGCAGGUGGGUCGGAGGAGAGAGGGUGGAGAGGAGGAGAAGAUGGAGGAGAGGGCAGGCGCGAUGGAUGGCGAGAGACAGGGAGGAGGGGAGGGAGAAGAGGGUGUGGGGUCAUGGCAUAUGGUGUGUGUGCUCUGUAAUGUGUUGCGAGAGGCUCUGGAGGGAGGGACGGCAGGGGGGAUGAGGGAGGAGAUGAGGGAUGGGAUUCGGAAGGAUAUGGGAAAGGGGAUGCAAGAGGGGGUAUGGGGGCAGAUAAGGGAGGGAAGGAGGGCUGACGGUGAAGAGUGGGUUCUCUUCGCCCCUGCUGCUGCAAGCACGGACGGUGCGGAUGCAUCUGCUGCAGCACAAACAGACGGCACAGAUGCAUCUGCUGCAGCACACACGGACGGCACAGAUGCAUCUGCCGCAUCUGCUGCUCCCCCUGGGCUCGUCCUCCUUCCGCUGGUGGUGGUGCGGGCAGCUGUGGACGUGCUAUUGCUGCUCUCCUCCCUCCCUGCUCUCUCAUUAACCCCCACCACAACAACUGCUCUCGCUCCUCCUCCUCCUGCUGCUCCCAGCACGAGUGCUAUCGCUCAUGGUUCCCCUCUCGCGUCCGAUGCUGCAAGGAGCGCAUAUCACCAGCUGUACCAGCUGCUCUUCUCGCAUCCUCUCACUCCCACUUCUUCUCUUGCUGCUGCUGCUCUUGCUGCUGCUGCUGCUGCUGCUUUGCCUCCGCCUGUUGUAGCAGCAGCAGCUGCAACCACUGCUGUUGGGGCAUCCAACGCUACAAAUGGUGACCCCGAUGCAGCUGUUACAGGUACUGCCUCUGCCAGGGUGUGGCGAGUCAAGCCUGUGCUGUGCAAGGCAGGGGCGGGGAGGGCUUUGCAGGGAGGUGUGUGGGUAGCUGAGGAAGGGGAGAUGGCGGAGAGAGGGGAGGAGAUGGUGGGAAGAGGAGAGGAGGUGUGCCUUGUAACGAAGGAGCAAGUGCUGCUGCUUGGUGAAGGAUGGGGAGUGGAGGGGCAAGAUGGUCGGGAUAAGCUGCAGCAGGCAGUGCAAGCAACCUUGCUGGGUGCAGGGAGGGGUGAGGUAGGAGCAGAACGGGAGGGAGAGAGUGAUUUGGGUGUGGGCGUAGAGGGAACCAGGCCCGGCACUGGGAGGGAAGGAAGCUGGGGGAAGGAGGAGAGUGGAGUCGGUGUGUUGGCCGGGAGGCUUGUGGGGGUGUUGGAAAGCAUAGUAGGGCUGGAGGAGGGGGAUGAUGGGGAAAGGGCUGAAGAGGAAAAAGGGUUUGAAGUCGCAGCAGCAGGCGAGACGAGUGGGGCGGAUGGGAGGGAGGCGGAAGCAGUGGGCAGUGGGGAAGAGAAGCGUGGACAGCACAAGCAGGGCCACGCAGAGCAGUUGGGGCAGGAGGAGCAGGAGGAGCAGGAGGAGCAGGAGGAGCAGGAGGAGGAGACAGCAGAGCAAGAGGACUUGCAGCGAGGCAAGGCGAAUGGCACGCUCCCAACAGCAGAGGACGAGGCGAAGGCAGUAGCUGCUCUGGAAGCACUUCUGCUGCUCGACCCCUCCGCCUCUCACCCCAGCUUCCGCUCCUUCCUCUCUCUCAACCACACUCACCGCCAUGAUCACAAUCACAGUCAAACUUGCGGUCGCAAUCGCACUCGCUCCUUUUCUCCCUCUCCCCGCCUCCUCCUCCUCCCCCGCAUGCUCCAUGCCGCAUAUGCCUCCCUCUCUGACCCACGCAUGCCUGAUGCUGCCGUUUUCAGUCUCGCCUCCUCUCUCUGCCAGCAAGGGGCGCUCUGCGACUUACCCUCAGUAUUACAAGGGCACGGUUCGAAGUUACCUGUUGGAGAGGAUGUGAGGGGGGAAGAAGGUGGGGAUGAGGUAUGGCGUGCGUGGGCUGUGCGGGAGUCAGCGCAAGCAGCUCUGGGGUUCAUUGCAAGUGCUCUAGAGAGAGGUGGGAGUGGUGGUCAAUUCUGCGAGCUCGCUACGGUGCGAUCUCAGCCGUCCGUUUUCGUCCUGACAUCCAAGGAAGCAGCGGGGCUUGCUCAAAUAGUUGCUGCUGAGCUGUCAGCAUCUGAUUGGCUGAUCAAGUAUGCUGUUUGUCAAAAGGGGACGUCAAAACAGCAGGUAGAGGGAAGCAGGAGAGAUGAAGGAGGAAUGUGGGAAAUGUGGAGAGGUGCAGGUUUAAGAGAAGGGGAGAGUGGGGAGGAGGAGAGAGAGGAGGAAGGGGAGGAGAGGAGGCGAGCGGAUGAAAGGGAGGUGGUUCUGGUGCAGGUGUUGAGGAGAGCAGGUGGCUUCCUGGAAGCUGCUGAUGAUGCUGAUGCUGGUGCUAGUGAUGCCAGUGGUUGGGAUGCUGAAAGUGGUGGUGGUGGUGGUGGUGGUGGUGGUGGUGGUGGUGGUGGUGGUGGUGGUGGUGGUAGCAGCACCCGGGCAGGCCAGACGAUUGUGAAUGAGCUGUGUCGACUCGCUCAGCAGCAGCAGUGCAACAACCGGCAAAACGAUCAAACCCAUCAAUUCAUGGCAGAAGCUGCAUGGAAGCUUCUCGCAGGCCUCUACUGCACAGCACCAGACGCACUUUCCAGGCACCUUCCUGCGUCACAGGCGGAUUGGAAGGGGCGUGUGGCAUCUCACGCUGUCCCUGAAAGAUACGCCCGGGCAUCUGAAACUCUCUCCUCAUUGGCCCGCGCUCUCCAGCAGCUCGUUCAGUCCUGCCUGCCCGAAACUUCUUCCGGGCAAGAAACCAAAUUGGGUGCUGAUACUUCGACAGGGGUGGGAGGAGAAGGAGUGGAUGGGGAGAAGGGAGGAGAGGGGGAGAGGGAGAGUGGAAGGAAGAGGAAGUUGGAGGAGGAAGAGGAGGCGGAGAGGGAGAAAGAGAAGGAGAGGGAGAGGGAGAGGAAGACUGCAAGCACGUUGCUGCAUCUGCGUGGCAUGGCGGUGGCUCAUCCGAUGCUUGUCGUUCCCUUGCUGCCCAUGCUAGCCACACAGCUGCAGGUGAGACCUUGUAAAGGACCUCAUUCCUCUAGUGACCUGCCCGUCCCAGUCACUCAAGUCAGCAGCAGUCAACGCCUUCUCCUCUGCCCUCGUGCUGCUCUCCGCCCUCCAACCCUCCAGCCCUACCUCGCCCUCUUACAACCCUCACACCAACCCCCCCUUUUCCUCUGUCUUGUGCCCUUGCCCUUUCUUGCGCUCACACUCCAGGAUCUCAUCCCUCUGGUGACCUGUUCGUCUCAGUCGCUCAAGUCAGCAGCAGUCAACGCCUUCUCCUCUGCCCUCGUGCUGCUCUCCGCCCUCCAACCCUCCCUGCUCGCACUCUACAACCGCUCCCCUUCAGCCACCACCACCACCACCACCACCACUGUCAGCACCACUGCCGCAGCCGCCACCGCAAGCAGCAGCCGCAGCAGCAGCAGCGAUGUAUUGGCAGUGGUUGUACAGCCAUACUUGGACCUUCUGCUGACCCUGAAACUAAGAGACAAGCCCACUGUGGUGAGACUCGUGGCGCAGCUUUCUGACUUCCUCCUCCGCUGCUGCUCGCACUCUGCUGCCGCUGACAUGCACGUGGGCAUGAAUGGUGCCAUGCAUGCACAAGCGCACAUGGCUUCACAUGGUGCCAUGCGUGCAGACACGCAGACAGACACACAUCCCUCUCAGCAAGCAGGCUCCCAUUUCAGGAGCCUAGAGCUAGUGCGCGCGCACAGGGGCGGGACGUUGGCGCAUGCAGCAAAGCACUUUGGCAAGGUGAAGAAGCUGAAGCUGCUGCUGGCAACGCUGGAUGCUGGAGGCAAGCCCAGUGUGGAAGGAGAAGGUGCAGGAGAGGAAGGGGACCAGUCGCUGGGGAAAUGGUUGGACCUGAGGGCGAGGCUGGUUCGUGUGCUGCAAGGCUCAGCGAGUGGCGCUUGGGUUGGGGACGAGUGGUGGUUGUCAGGAGAUGAUGCCACUGCUGCUGCUGGUGCUGCUGCUGGCAUUGCAGCAGCACAAGCAGCAGGAGAAGGGGCCCAUGUGGAAGCAGUGAUGGGGGUGCUACAGGAGGUAGAGUCAUUAGCAGCACAGCAACCAGCCAGACUAUCCCUCCUCCAGCAACCCCUUUGCCUGACCCUUCUCUGCUGCCCGCUCCCCCACUCUCCCUCUCUUCCCCCCUCCCUUGCUGCCGCUGGUGCCGGGAGUGUUGCACCUGCUGGGGUAACCGGGUUACCAGGAGUGGUUGCGGCUGGUGGAGGGGUGGAAGGGAGGGUGGAUGGGGGGAUGGUGGUAGAUAUGGUGCUGAGGCUUCUAGAGCGAAUGCUGCUGCAUGCUUACAGUGUCUGUAACCUCUCCCUCGUCGCUUCUUCCCUCCUCCACCUCCUCCACUCCCUCUCCCUCCAUCCCCAACCCCCCGUCCUGACGCUGCUCUCCUCCUACAUGCCUCGCCUUCUCUGCCUCCUCCCAGCAGAUCACAGGCAGCAGCUGCUAGAUGCUCUCAUGCACCUGCCGCCCCACUAUACGCUCCCACCACCUCCACCCGUCGGCAUGGGCUUUGCCAUGGGCUUCAGCAGCACCCCUCCCCACUCCCACGAGACGCCACCCAAGCCUGGGAGGCCCGACACCAGCAGCAGCACGCCCCUCCGUGAUUCUGAUGACCCGCUGUUAUGUACAGUGCGCUCUUUAGUGGCCAUGGAGUUGUGA